AUCACCUUUUUUUAUAAUCUUCUUCUGCUAUUGUCGUCCCUUCCUCGCCAGCGUUGGAUCUAGUCAACAUUCAGGACAUUGGAUCCUUCGAGCGUGUGCCGCAGAGGCAAUAACCGUUGGCAACUGUGGCCAUUCCCAUCCGCGCAGUGAUGCGUCCUGGGGUCAGUGUCCGACCAGCAUGGCUGGCGAGCAUGUUGCCAUUGUUGGUGAUGGCUCUAUGGCUCGACGGCCACUGCAGCGUGCAGGCUAGCGCUCUGCACAUGGAAAAGCUGCAGGAGAGCGCACAGGAACUGGGUGGGGGCGGUGGUGUGGCGAAGACGGUGUGCUGCGGACACGAAGACCAUCGCUUCGCCUGCAUGGAGAUGGUUCGAUAUCUAUACCUAAGCAGUGGAUACUUACCUGGUCUAGAGAUGAUGUCAUCAGGUGUGGAUGAUGACAUCAUAGGUCUGGGACUGGGAGAUGUGAGGAGCCGUGAGGACAGUGUCUGGGCAAUGCCUGAGCUAUGUAAGCAUGAUGCUGUUGUGCUGCUGGACAAGACUCAUCCAUACGUCAAGCACCUAGAAGAUGUGCGAGACGAUAUCAAGGGACUGGGAAAGGAGUCACACCACACACGUCGGACACAAUGGGCACAGCUAGAAGACCACCACGAGCCAGGUUCAAAUGACAUCUUGACUGUGAUCGGUGGUGGCCAUGAGGGUGUUAAGCAUGGAGCUUAUGAACUGCUGGAGCGAUACGGUGUUCAUUUCAGAAUUGAAGGUGACAUUCUGCCAAGCAGAACAAGCUGGAGUCGACAGCCGCAUCAGCUGCUGAAUGUUAGAACGACUGGCACGCCAACAUUCGACAUUCGCGGUCUCCAGCCCUUCCAUGACUUUCCGGAAGGUCCGGACUGGUGGGGUGAAAGCAUGUACAAGGCAAUCUUCUCUCAGCUCAGCAAGAUGAGAAUGAACUUCUUAGGCCUUCACACCUACCCUUACUCAACCACACCGGGAACAGGCAGGGAUGAACCAACAGUGUGGGUUGGCCUCAAGGAAGAUGUCAAUGAAGAUGGAACUGUAAAAGCAAGCUACCCAACCAGCUAUGCCAACACAAUGAGAAACCAAUGGGGAGACUCAUCCCUGCCAACCGGGAACUAUCACUAUGGAGCCAAGGAUAUGUAUCAAACUGAUUGCUUUGGCAGUGAAGUUCAGGUUGGAAACUGCCCAAUACCCAACACAACAGAAGGCAACAAUGAAGUGUUUGACAGGACUGGAGCAAUGCUGAAGUCAGCAUUCCAGCAUGCCCAGAGGAUUUCCGUGAAGACGUGUGUCGGUACAGAGACACCGUUAAGCAUGCCUUCACCAGCUGUUGGUAACAAGACAGGUAAUGGUCCGCUGAACCUCUACUACAGUGCAUCCAGGAAAGACCACUUCCUCACGACAACACAGUGUGCAGAGUGUGAGGGCGUGUACGUGUUUGUCGGCGUUCAGGGAUACAUCAGUCUCGUUCCACAACCGGGCUUGAUUCCCGUCAACACGUACUACAAUGGACAGAAGUUCGACAACGUCCUGAGCACAAAGCCCAUCGGCCCAGGGUAUGGUUUGGUCCGAACGGAAGGCUACAUCAACGCAACCCUUCUGAAAUCUAGCAAUGGUGAUGAGGACAUCACCAGUGGUCUAGACAUGACAAGUCUUCAGGUGUACUAUAACGAACAGAUGGUCGAUCAUUUGGUGGCGGGUAGUGAUGCUGCCAAGAAGUACGCACUGGCCAAUGGAUACGUGCUGCAGUCAACGCUAGGAAUGGUCAUCGCCAACUUCACUGCACCACCAAUACCACAGGCCUAUGACUACUAUGAGGGGAUCUUCACACGGAUCAUGAAGCUACAGCUACCAAUCGACUAUUACUGGAUCUGGACACCGGAAGGUUGGGAAUGGGGAAAAAUGAAUGAGAAUAACACCGUUUUCCAGAAAGCUGUCGGCGAUCUUAAGUCAGCUUUAGCGGCACGAGAUGACCUGAAAGCACCGUUUGAGCUAGCUUCAUGCGGUUGGGUUGUAGGACCACUUCCUGACAGGAGUAUUUUUGACAAGGUUCUACCAAGCGGCUAUGAUGCGAUCACGUCCAUUGACAUGGCAGUUGGCAAUACACCGGUAGACAAGGCGUACAUGAACAUUACACAUCACAAGAAGUGGGCCAUUCCAUGGAUGGAGGAUGAUCCUGGUCUGACGGCACCUGAGCUAUGGGUGAAUCGCACGCUGAUGCACAUGGAAGAUGCUGCAACAUACGGCUGCAACGGAUUACUGGGAAUUCACUGGAGAACUAAAGCUGUAUCGCCACAAAUACUUGCAAUGGGAAUGAAAUCCUGGGAUCCUACGCUGACGUCAGAUACUUUCUGGACACAGUGGAGCAAGACUGAGUUUGGCAUUGAAGAUCCAGCUGCCAUCUUUAUUAGCAUCGAUAGUUUCCACCUACCCAGGCCUGUUGCGUGGAGUGGUGGCCCCGGAGGAUGGAAAGCAGACCUCAAAGAAUGUGGACAGGCAAAAACCUACGCGUUUGUGGAUGAGCUGGUAGCCAUGAAGACAAAGGUCCAGGGAUUGGCAAACAUUGAGCGAUUUGACUACUGGCUCAAUUCUUUCCUGUACAUGCGAGGCAUAUCGGCAACGGAAUGUGCUUGGGGUGGUUACGAUGCUGAGGUAGCAAAGGCAAACAAGAUCACCGACGCUACUCAAAGGGCUACCUACGCCAGGGAUAAUGUGCUGCCGAUGAGAGUGCAACUGGUUGCCAAUGCUUCACAGACUAUCACAUACUUGCUACAGACCGUGAUAAGCCCAGGUGAAAUGGGCACAGUGAUGAAUGUACUGUCGCAUUCGCUUGUCCAUGCCAUCGAUGAGCAAACAGCAGCACUGGAGGCAAUGCUCAAGCCUGUCAUGGCAUCGCUACCGCCCAAUGCUAUCCCAUCAGAUGAAUACACCGGACCGAGCCGUCUAAUUGUCCCAGCAGUACGAACACACCUCACUGGUGGAGAGCCAUUGGCUGUUUCGGCCAUGUUACUCCUGACAGGCAGUCCUGCACAGACAUGCAAUGUGACACUGAACUGGAAGGCCGUGACUGGACAAGCAUACGAGACGGUCGCCAUGACAAACGUUGGUCGCCAGGUCUACCAAGGAUCAGCAACCAUAUCAACGGCGCCGACAUCGUCCACACCAUAUGAUUACUACAUCUCUGCAAAGUGUCCGUCCAUCGGCACCCCACUCUACUGGCCUGUGACUGCACCGGUGGAACCGCAGACCCUUCUUGUCGGAUAAUGAUGCUUGCAUGGCUGGGUGGUCUUUGUUGUGUAUCAGAUGCGCAUUGUGUUAGGUCCCUUCCAGAUCUGGUGAAAGAGAAUCAGUAAUUUUGUCUGCUUGUGUUUGAAACAUUGCCAUGGUCAAUUGCCUAUGGUUUGUUGGCCUCCAAACAUUCUAGUUUGGAGAUUGUGCAACACAACUCAACACAUUUUUCCCAAGUUUUCCACACUUGACGGACCCAUUAAUCGUUUUUCAAGUUGCAAUCUUUGUGCUCAUAUGUGCAGGGCCUAGGGUUGUCAUUGCACACACUACAUGUGCUGUUUUAUGUAUCCUUUCCAUCGUUACUGUUUGUAACCCGAUCACAGAUUUGUGAGCACUUUCACAGCGCUCAGCACACGCUGAGUAAGCAGCCCCACAUGAUCCGAUGCCUGCCGGGCCGUUUGCCACAUACACGUACGCAUACACUAGUAGAUGCAGAUGAACACAAGCACGAACCAUGCUGAUCAUUGUGCUAUCAAGAACAGGCCGGACGUUGUCAAUAGACAGGAACAUCAAGACUGUUAUUGUAACUACAGGAUUUAUUUAUUUAUUUAUUUAUUCAACAUCUCAUGGCUUCCGA